UCCUCGCGCUCCGCAGCCCCCCCAAGGCCCACAGCGAUUCGCAGCCCGUCCUGCCCCAUAGAGUCCCCCAGCACCAUAGGGACUCCCCCCCCGCAGCUCUUUCAGACCCAUAGCGUGUGUCCCGUCCCGCCCCCCCCGGUCCCAUAGGGAGCUGCUGAGCGGCGCCGUGGGGCGCGGGGGGGGGCGAUGUCCCGUGGGGCGACUGAGGGGACCCCUGCCGCCCCGCCGUCCCCCGGGCGCCCGACGGUCUAUGUGUUGCUGGAGGGGCCCAGCACCCCCGACACCCUCCGGCUGCUCAGCCUGAGCUCCGUGCUGCCUGAGUCAGGGAUCGUGGCUGACAUCGAGUGGGACCCCCCGGGGGUAGACCCCCCCAGCGACCCCCCCGCGGCCCCCCCCUCUGGAGACUCCCCCAGCACCUUCUAUUGCCUCAAGAGCCAACCCCUGCCCCACAGCCCGGGCCCGGCCCCCCCUGCUGCCAUGGCUGCCCCCACCGCGGCUCCCCCCUCAUCGCGGGUGCUGCUGCGGCAGCAGCUGAUGCGGGCACAGGCACAGGAGCAGGAGCAACGUGAGCGAAGGGACCCCCCCCCUGGCCCCUCGCCGGCCCCCGGGCCUUCCCCCGCCAUUGCCGUGGGGGGGCCCCCCCAACCGCGGGCACCCCCCCAUGUGCCCCCUGAGGUGCUCAAGGUCCAGACCCACCUGGAGAACCCGACCCGGUACCACCUGCGAGCGGCGCAGCGGCAGCAGGUCCGGCAGUACCUCACCUCUGCACUGGGCCGCGGGCCCCCCAGCCCCCCCGGGCCCCCCCCGGCCCCCCCCGCACCCCACAGCCCCCUCACCCUGCUCCACAUCGGGCCCGGCUUUGAGAAGGAGAUCGAUGAUGUCAUUGAUGAGAUCAUCAGCCUCGAGUCCAGCUAUGACGAGCUGCUCAGCUUCGGCCCCGCCGAGGGCGGCCUCCAGCUCCCUAGCACGCUCCCGGCCCCUGCGCCCCUGCUGGAGGUGUUCAGCCCCCCCCAGGGAGGCAGCAGCUCCUGCCCGGCCGAGCUGCCCCGCGUCAAGGCCGAGCUUUCAGAAACGGAGGCGAAGGCGUUGCUGAAGGAGCGCCAGAAGAAGGACAACCACAACCUGAUUGAGCGGCGCCGACGCUUUAACAUCAAUGACCGUAUCAAGGAGCUGGGGACCCUCAUCCCAAAAUCCAAUGAUCCGGAGAUGCGCUGGAACAAGGGCACCAUCCUGAAAGCCUCAGUGGAUUAUAUCCGGAAGCUGCAGAAGGAGACACAGCGUUCUCGAGAGCUGGAAUUGCACCAGCAGCGCCUGGAGCAGGCAAACCGGAGCCUCCAGCUCCGGGUCCAGGAGCUGGAGCUGCAGGCACAGCUCCACGGGCUCCCCCUCAUCCCUCCGCUGGCACCAGCAGCCGAGGGGGGGUGUGAGGAGGCCCCUGGGGGCCCCCCUUUUCCCCCCGGGGGUCCCCCCACGCCCCAGUGCCUCCUAGACCUGGCGGUGGCCGAGGACCUGCCCCCCGGCCUGGGCCUACCCCUGGGGCUAGGUGGGCCAGAUGGGACCUUCGAUGACAUCCUCAUGGACGAGGGGGGGGCUCUGUCCCCUCUCGGACCCCCUGGCGCCCUCCUCGCCUCCCCGGGCCCCUCCCGUGCCUCCAGCCCCCGCAGCAGCCUCAGCAUGGAAGACGAGCCCUGAGCGCUGCCCCUUUAAGACCCUUCAGGUGCGGCCCUUUUAAGGCCCCCACCCCACCAUGCCCAACACCCCGAUGGUUGGUUCAGGAGGGCCCCCCAGGGUGCCGUGAUGAGGCUUUUUAAACGGGCGAGCGCUUCUUAAGGCUGGCAGUGGCCUUAAGGUGUGGCCACUGUCUUGCCCUUUUAGGACGCUCCAUUGGUGGACCCACCUUGAGGGACCUCAACCGGGCAUCGCCCAUUGGCGAGGUCCUCCCACUGUGUGGCCCUUUUAAGGUGUCUCCUUGACCCCGCCCCUCAGGGAAGCCUUGGCCCCACCCCCGUCGGGCCCCGCCCCUUCCUGGCUGUCUGCCUAUCAGCGGGCUCCUGAGGGCUGGGCCCUCAGUGUCACGUCCCGCCCCUCUCUUUUGGCACUCACACAAACCCCGCCCUCUCCUGCCGACCCCGCCCACCGGCUCCUCUUAAAGGGGCCGCUCACCCGCUACCCCCCCCCGGUUUUGUACGGAAACGGUCCCGUGGGAAAUAAACGUUUGUUAACGAGGA